UGACGUAGCCAGCAGCGCGCCCUUUUCGUUUCUGUAGUUUUGAACGAGCUUCCUGAGACCAACAGACACCCACAGCCUUCAGAGAUUAGCCAGCGGCGUCAGCGCACGGGUAAAGUGUAAUCUUGUUUGGGGGAUCCGAUUUCAGUCAUGCUCAAUGGGGAGAGGUUCGUCGAGGCCCUCUCGCGGUUGGGUUAUCCAGGUGUGUCUUCGCUGAAAGGUUCAGAAUUUGACUGGUUGUUUGAUGCUGCACCGGACAACCUACAUCUUUUGCGCUUCUUCUGUCAUCGAGUAAACCAAAACAAUGUCCUCACGCCAGAAGAAGUGCAGGCGUUUCGGGUCCUACAAGAAUCUGGAAAACCCAUUUUAGAUGAAGCAACACUUCAGGACCUGCUGAAGUCAUGCAGAACAAAUAAUGGAACUGUAGGUGCUCGAGGGUCUCUCCCUUCGUUGUGUGUAGAGGGAGAUGUUUCUGUGGAAGAUUUGGAGGCUGAACUCCAGGCUUUACGGAAAGAGAAGCAGUUGAAACUGCGCAGGCUGAAGAAGCUCCAAGUGCUGGCUGCUAGCCGUGGAGCAGACUCAUCAGCGGCUCAAAUACUCCACCAGGAAGGAAGCACUGCAGUGAAAGAUGCCAAUUCAGCCCUCGCAGUUGAAAAUGCAGCCACCAAUGCCAGUUUAGAAGGUCUUGUGAAGGAGACCACAAAGCUUGCUGGUUUCUUCAAUGCUGAGGUCCCAUUAAUAGAGAAAAAGGAUGGAGCCAUCCCAGCAGUAGCUGCCCAGUCAGGCACACCCGUGCUGCUGUGUCAACUGCCCCUGGAGCCUUACCUCCACCAGGAGGAGCGAAACACUAAGGCUUUGGCUGGUUACACCCAGCGACAGUUCUUCCAAGGCAUCUCCGAUAUGGUGGAAAGCUCUUCCGUGAAGCGCUUCCAGCCAGUGGAGCUGAGCUGUUGCAGUGAAUGUGAGGAAGAGGAAGAUGAGAAAGUGGUGGAGAGUAGGAGGAAGGAGAUGGCCCAGCUGCAAUGGGCUCACAUGGUGGUACAAUAUCAGCUACUGAAGGAGCAGGCCGAUGAGCAGGGAGACCAGGCGCUGAAGGAUUGGCUUACUGAGCAGCUUAGCAGCCAAACACAGCCCCUUGGUUCCCUGCAGGCCUCUUGGCGUGAGCCUGCUCUGCACUCCGAGCUCCUAUCCAUCCAGUCUGACCUUGAUAUGUUGAUGCGCGACCCUGUCCGCUCGGCUAUCCGGGAAAGUGCCCGUCUGCUUAACGUGCCUGUGGUGCGUGGUGAUCUGGCCCUUCAGAUCUCCCGGCAGAACUAUUACACUUCUCGGCAGGCCGAGGUCAGGGACCAGCUCCUCCGCCAGAAGGCCUCGUUCGAGCUUGUGCGUCUGGCCCAGGAUGCAGAGCUCCGCAACGGGAGGAGGACUGUGGCACAGCUGCAGGAGGUAGUCCAGAGACUGGAGGGGUCAUCUGAGGCUGCAGCUCAGAGACUGAGCACGUUGUCCCUGCCUGAACUGACCCAGAUGCCCUGCCUUGGGCCUAAUGCAAAGACGGUCAUCGGUUUAAAGGAUAGCGCCUUUAGCAAGCUCCUGCAGGUUCUGGAGCUGGGGCAGACCUCUGAGUGUAAGGAUCCUCUUCAGACAUUCGGGAGGUUGGAGGCUAAAGCCUCUGGCUUGCUUGAGGAGCUUCUCUCCGUUCGUGAGGCUUUGGAAAGGGCAUCUCGUGAGCAGGGCUACGCUGGUGUGCGUUUGGAGCGGGAUCGAGACGCUCUGGAGAGUGCAGCUUACUCCCUCAUCAUGCAGCCUCUUGUGAGGUCGCAGGUACAAGCUACAGCCACACCUGUUCAGGAGCUCUGCCCUAACGCACAGGAGCUGUCUGUGGUUCUGAGUGAGCUGGAAGAGAAGCAGAAAAAUCUGUAUAAGCUGCUACAGGGCAUUGUGGGAGACCUGAGGAUCAAAAGGGCUCAGCUGGAGCAGAGUGCCACCCUCAGACGAGAAAGAGAACUGUAUGUCUACUUCCACCUGGACCCUACGCUGCUCAGCAAGGCCGUGAGGGAAAUGGAAGUCCGGACUGGUGCUAAAUAGGUUGAAUAAACAGGGCUGUUUGCAGCAGUGACCCUGUAUCUGUGAUGAUGGCUGUUCAUAUGGGCUCAACAUGUAGAAAUGGGCCUUGAAUCUGUAGCCUGAUGAGAUGUAGUGCUGCUUUCAUUCAGAGUCUAUUGUGCAUUCAUGCACCUUUCUGUUCUGGUGCCUUUUCUUUUUUGUUUGUUUGGCUAGAAAGUGCACUUUGUCUUUUUGUGUAAUUAAUGCUGAAGAAUUGACAUUUUUAUCAAGAAACAUUGUUAUUACAAAUAAAAAGCAUAGACCCAA